AUGGUUGACAGUCUGCUGAGCACGGACAUCUACGAGAGCUUUAACUUGUACUCACACCCAGAGAAAUUCUUCCUGGAACCCACGGAUUUAGGAGGUGGAGCUGCUUCGAAACACUACUUGGAAAUCGAUAGGCACACAAAUGUUAUGAGAAUUGUUGAUUCCCGUAAGCAACGAGUUCCUAUAGCCGACACCGACAUAAAGUUCAUUUAUGGGAUUUUGGGAACCAUCAAAUUAGUCUCUGGUUAUGCUCUCAUUGUCAUCACUAAAGCUUCUUUUAUUGGUCAAGUGAACAAUCACAACAUAUGGACCAUUCAAGAUACAGAGAUUAUUCCGUACAAAAAGACCACACUUCAUUUGACUGAGAAGCAGAUUCGGUACAAUCGAAUGUUCACAGAUAUGUUGACCCAUGUGCUCUCAAUCGGCGGAUUUUACUACUCGACAACUCUCGAUAUCUCGCGCACUUUUCAAUGGCUUCAGGAAAACGCGGUUCCGCUGUUCAAAACGCGAAGCAUGUUGGAUAGAUCAAGCGAAAGAUUCGUGUGGAAUGGUCAUCUGCUAUCGCAAAUACGACAAGUCCCAGGUGCGGAAAGAUACACACUUCCCGUCAUUCAUGGAUUCAUCGGUCAAAAUAGAGUUAAUGUAAAUGGAAAAGAGAUCAAACUUACCAUUAUUUCUAGAAGGAGCAUUUACAGAGCCGGAGUUCGAUUCUACAAACGCGGAGUAGAUGCGGAAGGCCAUGCUGCUAACUAUGUAGAAACUGAGCAGAUAGUGGAGUAUGAUACUCCCGAUAAGCAUCUGACGUCUUUCGUUCAACUUCGUGGUUCGAUUCCUCUUCUCUGGGCACAAAAACCGAAUCUUCGCUGGCAACCGAUGCCUACCAUAAAACCAACGGAUGACCAACUUGCUGCAUUUACUCGAACGUUCGGUUGGCAUAAACAACACUACGGUGGGAAACAUGUGAUUGUGAAUCUGGUCAAUCAGAAAGGAAGAGAGAAGAAAGUUGGUGGGGAAUUGGAGAGAAUAGCUAGACAGGCUAACAUUGACUUUGUCAGAUAUCAUCAAUUCGAUUUCCACAAGGAAUGUCAUGCUAUGCAGUGGCACCGAAUAGAUCUUCUUCGAGAGCAGCUCAGCCAGGAGAUCUCCCAAUUCGGAUAUUUCUAUCUCUCACCAAAUAGCAUUGAGUCGAGCCGUUUUCAACAAGGUUUCUUCCGUACCAACUGCAUGGACUGCCUAGAUCGUACCAAUGUUGUGCAGUCGAUGUUGGCGCGAGAAUCUCUCACUGAACAACUGAGGAUGCUCGGAAUUUUGUAUCCGGAACAGAAAGUGCAGGAUAUUCCGCUGCUGGAAAAUCUAUUCAAGCAUCUAUGGGCCGAUAAUGGAGACGAAUGUAGUCGUCAGUACGCAGGAACCGGAGCUCUGAAAGCCGAUUUCACUCGUCUCGGAAAACGCACUUAUCUUGGUGCAAUGAACGACGGAGUGAACGCUGUUUCCCGAUACGUUCGAAAUAACUUUGGGGAUGGCUAUCGGCAAGAUGCUAUUGAUUUGUUCUUAGGAAACUUCCUAGUUGAUUCGUCUGAUCUUCCAAACUCUCUUGAAACUUCAAUCCUGUCUACUGAUCAAAAUGGUCUUGCUCUCAUCGCCGCUCUCUUUGCCAUGUCAAUGACGAUUCUGUGUCUCCUAGUAGCAGAUAAUGCAACUGCUACACUCUUCUGGUUGAUCAUCUUCUUCGUCUGUAUGAUGUUCAUAUUCCUAAAUGGCGAAGAGUUCGUCAAUACUCCCAAGCUUAAGCUUGAUUAA